AUGACAUCAGUAGCAAUACCAUCUACUAAAACUCGUUGUGUAACAUGUGCAAAAGAAAAACGAGCAGUGCGAUGUGAAGGUUGUUUACAAUUAUUCUGUUAUGAUCAUUUUCUAACUCAUCGAGAAGAUUUAAAUAAACGAUUAGAUGAUAUAGAAAUAAGUCGUGAUCUUUUUCGUCAAGCGCUCAACGAACAAACAAAUCAUCCUCAAAUUCAUUUGUUAAUUAAACAGAUCGAUCAAUGGGAAAAAGAUUCAAUUAAAACUAUUCAACAAACAGCAUCGGACUGUCGACAAUUAUUGAUUCAACAUACUACGAAACAUGUUCAUCAAAUUGAAAGUAAUUUAACGAAAUUAACAAAUCAAUUACGCGAUCUUCGUCAAGAGAACGACUUCAACGAAUACGAUUUAGAUCAAUUUCAGCAAAAAACGAAACAAUUAGCUGAACAACUCGAUCAACUGUCAAAUAUAACUGUCCGAGAAGAAUCAACACAACUAAUUAAUAAAAUUUCUGUUGUUAUGGCAUUUGCCGGAGGACAAGUCAUACCUCAAGUGAUUCAUGAAACUAAACGAAAAUGGAAACAAUUUGGUGUCACAGUAGCUGGUGGUGCUGGUGAAGGGGGUCAAUUAAAUCAAUUAUUUUAUCCAGAUGAUAUUUAUAUUGAUGAUGAAGAACAACGAUUUUAUAUCGCUGAUUCAUCAAAUCAUCGAAUUAUUAAAUGGAAACUUCAUUCAACAAAUGGUCAUGUUGUUGCAGGUGGUAAUGGACAAGGCAAUCGAAUAAAUCAAUUAAAUCAACCUACUCAUGUUGCUCUUGAUAAAACCGAUGAUUCAUUUAUUAUUUGUGAUCGAGGCAAUGGAAGAGUUUUGCGAUGGUCUCGCUCUAAUGACGCAAAUAAUCAAGUAAUUAUAUCAAAUAUUGAUUGUUCUUGUGUUGCAUUGGAUAGUUAUGGUAAUAUUUAUAUAUCGGAUUGGGAAGAAAAUGAAAUUACACGUUGGAAAUAUGGAGAUACACGCGGAACGGUGGUUGCCGGUGGAAAUGGAAAAGGAAAUCAUUUAAAUCAAUUUUAUCAUCCAAGUUAUGUUUCAGUUGAUGAAGAUCAAUCACUUUAUAUAUCAGAUUGUGAAAAUCAUCGUAUAAUGAAAUGGAGUAAAGGUGCAAAAGAAGGUAUUCUUGUUGCAGGUGGACACGGACAAGGUAGUAGUUUAACACAAUUAUCAUCACCAACUGGAUUAGCGAUAGAUCGAUUAGGGAAUAUUUAUGUUGUGGAUUGUUAUAAUCAUCGAAUUGUACGUUGGUCAAAAGGAGCACGUGAAGGUACAGUUGUCGUAGGUGGAAAUGGUCGUGGUAAACAACCAAAUCAAUUUAGUUGUCCAACUGGUGUUGCACUUGAUCGACAAGACAAUCUUUAUGUUGUAGACUGGGGAAAUAAUCGAUUUCAUUGUGUUNCACGUGAAGGUACAGUUGUCGUAGGUGGAAAUGGUCGUGGUAAACAACCAAAUCAAUUUAGUUGUCCAACUGGUGUUGCACUUGAUCGACAAGACAAUCUUUAUGUUGUAGACUGGGGAAAUAAUCGAGUGCAAAAAUUUGAUCUCGAAAAUGAAUAA